CGGCGGGGCGGCGGCCGCUCGCUCUCCGGAAGUGCCGUUGCCGCUGCAGCCGUUCCCCGCCGCGCUCGGACGAGGACCCUCUCCCGCAGCCGCCAGAACCAACAGCCAACAUGUCCAGCAAAAGAGCAAAGACGAAGACCACCAAGAAGCGCCCUCAGCGUGCCACUUCCAAUGUAUUUGCAAUGUUUGAUCAGUCGCAGAUUCAGGAAUUCAAGGAGGCCUUCAACAUGAUCGACCAGAACAGGGAUGGCUUCAUUGACAAAGAGGACUUGCACGACAUGCUCGCCUCCCUUGGGAAGAAUCCAACGGAUGAAUACCUAGAUGCCAUGAUGAAUGAGGCUCCAGGCCCCAUAAACUUCACUAUGUUCCUCACAAUGUUUGGUGAGAAGUUAAAUGGCACAGACCCAGAAGAUGUAAUCAGGAAUGCUUUUGCUUGCUUUGAUGAAGAAGCAACAGGGUUCAUCCAGGAGGACUACCUGCGAGAGCUGCUGACGACAAUGGGAGACAGGUUCACAGAUGAAGAGGUAGAUGAGCUGUACAGAGAGGCACCCAUCGACAAAAAGGGGAAUUUCAACUACAUUGAAUUCACGCGCAUCCUGAAACACGGAGCAAAAGACAAGGAUGACUGAGCAAAUCUCCUGAUACCUGCAGAUUAUCUCUACUUUACCCUUAUGUUUAUUUUUGAGGGAUUCUUCCUGAUAGAACUUGUUGCAUGCAUUUAGCUUUACAGCUUUUGCCUUUCUCAAUGUAUUUAUCUAUUCCAGGCCAUUUAGGCACAUUUGCACCUGUGUAAUCAGACUGGAAGCGGGGAAAAUAUUGUGAGGAAAAGGAUAUGGGGACAAAGAUCUGUGGACUUGAUAGUCCAGGAAAAUAAUCUCAAUGUUUCUGGUUUAGCUGGAUUUUUACAUUUUUGUAAUAAAUGCCAUUUUGAAAUAAAGAUUGCUAUAUAGAUAAAAUACCUCA